UGUGUCUAGAAUGCUUCUAGUGAAAAAGGCUUCAGGGAUCUCUGCAAACUUAACUAACCGAUAUUAGUAGACUGUUGGAGCCACACACCCAAACACUUUUGGACUGUUUAGUCAAGGUCCGAUGUUUCUCACUGUUAGUAGCCUCUCCUGGUUUUAAAAAUAAGUCAAAUCACUCUAAUUACAUACUUUCUUAUCCUUCAAAGGUUUCACAGCAUGACAAGGCAAAUUUUCCACAAAGCCAAUGCAUUUCUCUUGAUGUAUGACAUCACUUCUUCUCAGAGUUUUUCUGCAGUCAGCUACUGGGCAAACUGUAUCCAGGAAGGGGCUGCAGAAGAUGUAACCAUUUUACUUGUUGGCAAUAAGAGUGAUUGUGCAGAGCGCCAGGUUAAAACUCAGGAGGUGGAAGUUCUGGCAAAGGAAUACAACUUUGAAUUUAUGGAGUGUAGCGCUGCCACAGGUGAAAAUGUGGUUCAGUCUUUGGAAACUGUGGCCAGGAUGUUGAGCCAAAAAGUUGACACAAGAGAGGAAGCCAUGGAGUUAAAGAAAGAGCCCAACAAGAAAAAAUCAUCAGGAUGUUGUUGAACAAGAUAUGUGUCUGAAAACUCAGUAAAGUGGAGAAACACACUGUGGAGUAUCACCAGCGAUUUCCCGAAUCAAUUCAAUUCCAAUUUACAGGGUCCCGAUUCAAUAUCAAUUAGAACACAAAUUUUGCAGAACAAAUGCUGUUAAUUUUACAAUCAAGAAGCAACCCUCAAAUAUUUUUUAUAAUGCACCAGGUUACUUCAAAAAGUUUGCUUAAAGUACUUAACAAGUCAUUGACAUGCACACACAAGUUUAAUUCUCUUUUCACAAUUACCUUUAGAUGUACGUAUAUUUUUAUUUCUACCAACUUACUAGUAUUAUUUUAAUGUAUAUAUUUUACUGUCUAGCUGGUGCUCACAUUCCGUAGAGGCAGGUCAAUGAACAGUUUUGAUCAAGGAAAUAGUUAUCACAUAAUGUAUAAUGGAUUUGUUUAGCUUGUUAGAUUUGUUGUAAAGUCUUGUUUUCAGACUGAGGUAUUUGCAUUUUAAGAUUCAUUAACUCUUCCCAACGGGAAACUAAACAUUUAGUACUUAAGCACUUUCUAUUCAGAAAAGUUUCUCAGAUCCUUUAUAGUUAAAAACAAAUCCACAAAGAGAAAAUUCUCUAUUUUGUACAGCUAUCUACACUUAACUCUUAAUGUUACUCUCAUGACACAAAAAUAUAUAUUCCAUGUGUAUGUACAAAACAUUGACAUUUUGCUGUUGCUGAAUCUUAACAGGUAAAUUACCACUAUGAAGUUACAAAACAUGGUACCAAAUUGAUAUUUUCAAGGAUCUACUAAGAGUAUUUUUAUACUAGUAUUAUUUAUAGAAUAUUUCAGUGUUAAAGUGUGUGUAAAAGUAACGUGUGCAGUAAGCCUUUGAACAAGAGCAUCUUUUCAUUGUUUAGUACAGUCUUAUACAAUAAUUACAUCAUUUAUGAUUUUGUAUGACAACAAUCUGUUCUAAAUGAAUGACAUUGGCACCAUUGCAGUUGUCACACAGCUGCCAGAUAAUCAGAAAUACAUUUCAUACCUCUAUUAAAGACAACAGCAGUGAAAUAAAUGGGCUUUAAAUAUACAUGUGAAAUAAUUUUUUUAUGUUUCUGUGUAUUUCCCUUUAAUUUGUGCGGCCAAAUACCUAUAAUCAAAUUUUAAUGUCAUGCCUCAUGCUUAAUAAACCUCCACAAUGACAACUA